AUGUCGUUAAUUGAAGAUCUUGAAGAUAUAUGUAAGUAUUUAGUUUUGUUUUAUUAUCUUGACCAGAGUUUCAUUAACACGGCCAAGAAGUUUGAUUGCCUUGGUCAAGAAGUUUCAUUACCUCGAUCAAAAAAUUUAAUUACCUUCGUCAAAAAGUCCAUAGAAUGAACUGUAAUGUAUUUUUCAGUCCGUCAACAGAGAAUAACUUCACUGAAUGAACGGCCAAUUGAUUUGUCUAUUUUUAAUCAUUUGCCAGGCUGGCUGUUCAGGUAUGCCGACCUUUAUUUUGUCGAAAACCUAUGGGAGCUGUAUCAAAGAAGAUCAGGAACUGAAAUUUUUCCUUCGGAAUUCAUAUUCAACCAACCUGACAUAGUAAAGUAAGGAUUUUUUAUUGCUUUCUUUAUUUGUCUUUCCAUUUACUUAUCAUUAUGAUACUUAACUUCAAUAACAACUUAACUUUCAGGCCUAGGCUUUACCUCUUGUCUAGCCAUUUGACUGUUAUAUCGUAUUCUAACUGUACCAAACAUGACUCUAUCCGUUAGCGUCGUGUUUAAGACAUCUAGCCCUCUACAUAUAUAUAAGCCUAUAGCUCAGAAUCUCUCCUACAAUAGCUAAAUUGCAUCUUUCCUACUUUAUUCUACUAAAUUCACAUGGUUUUAGACAAUUCUUAUACCUAAACAUCUACGAUACUGUACGCAAUGUUCAAUUGAGAUCAGGAUGGAAACGAAUCUUCCUCAACGAACAACAGAAAACCCAUGAAUACUACACAAAAAAGAACUAUGGCAAAUCAAUACGCGACUUUCUGAUGGAGCGAUGCUUAGUGUUGAAUUGCAUGAUGCAUUACUGCAGUACGGUGGAUGCCAAAACAUUUGCAAGGCUCGUACAUAACUUUAUGGAUAAGACAGAAUGCAUCUGCGAAAAUGAUGAACAUCAUCGUAUAGACACAGAAAGGAGUCAUGAAGACAAGAUUUAUGACAAUUUAUUAAUCAAAGGAUUGUCAAGUAGUUUGGUAUGUAUUAUGUCCAAAAUAUGUCGCUGUCGCAUAAAAACGUACGAUGACACUAAUAGAAUAGAGCAAGUUUACAUUCCAGAGAAGAUAAAUUCCGAACACGGGUAUGUGCCUUUACAAAAUCAUCUUAACUACCAGAUUAUAUUAGGUUGUUCAAAUAAUCCUGUGUCCCCUCUCAAAGAAAAUUUUUAGGAAUAGGGAGCACAAAAUUAUUUGAACAACCAAUUAGUAUGUAAAAAGUCAUCUCGAUUUACUUGACUGUGGUAUACAACAAAAAGCCUUCAGUAUAGCCCUCGAUACUAUGACACCCUCUUUAUACUGACAGCUUUCUGACAGAUCUUCGUAAUAGAGAUGCAAUCAAAAAGUACAUGGGUAGUAUAACAUCCUGUAUGGUAGGACAGAUUUGAAUCAGUCCUUUGAGUGUCAUACUAAAGAGGGUUGACUGUAAAUCUCUUUACCACCAUAAUAUAACUAAUAUACAUCUUCAAUCUUUGGAUAUUAUAAAAUAAUUCAAGUUCACACCGUUUCAUCUAAAAUGGCAUUGUUUUUCAGGUCGUUUCUACAACAUUUCAUAGAAAUUUUGACUAGCAUGGUACAUGAAUAUCAUUACGUACUUUCUUGUAACAGUUGUCUUUCGAUGCCAAAUUGUACAUUUCACGAUAAAACACUCAGAAACUUCAACAAGCUUCCACUACUCGUCAAAGAAAUGAUAUUGUAAGUUGAGAAAUGAAGUUAUUGCUUACGAAUUAUGGGCUAUUAGAUAAGCAAGACUUAUUACAGCGAGCUCUUAUUAUAAGUUGUACUGCUUGUACCUUGUACAAGCAUUUUAUUUAUCCUGCAUUAAAAAAAAGUAGACAAGAGCUCCUAUAUACAUCAAUUUAUGCAAAUAUUGAUAAGCCUUCCAAUAGUUUUUGUUCCGUUUUAGGCGUAAACUCGAAGGCCAUGACUUAGCUUCACUACGAGCGACUUCAGAAUCCACAUUAGCGCUAGUGGAUUCAAUUCCUCGAUUAAAGUUCAUAGAUACAUCCGUCUUUCAUCGACCUGUUCACUUUUGGGAGAGUCAAGUAAGUUUACAGAACUUAUUGUACACAAUAUUUUGUUACCGUACCUGUUAGUAACUGUAAGUCUGUUGUGGGUAACUCGCCCGUCGGCUGUAAGUAACUGUAGAUCUUCUGUCAGUAACAGCAAGUCUGCUGUCAGUCACUGUAAGUCUGCUGUAAGUAACUGUACGCCUGCCGUCGAUAACAAACCGUUAAUUUAAAAAAUCUCAUUUCAGACCCUCCGCUGGUUUAACGAAUACCCAUCCCGUCACACAAAGCAAAAAUACUCCACCAUUCCCAUACCACAAUUCCUAAAAAUUUGCCCUCUCUACCCGGUGAACAUUCUUCAUGGCGUGCCAAAAUCUAAAUCUCAACUGGAAUUCUGCCUGAAAUCAGGUGUAGAACAUCUUGAAAUGAGAGUGCGCAGUACGGAAGAGUACCGGCAAGUGAUGUUGGAUCUCUUUUUGAAUGUCGAGUAUCUUGCUUUCAUUCAACACAUCUCCGUCCAGGCCGAUGAAUUUCUUUUAGUCGAUGAAAGCUUGAAGCCUCCGGGCUUUCGAUUGUUAAGCACUGGGCCGUUUUUACUAAUUUUCCAACGAAAAGAAGUCUUUCAAGUUACGUUCUAA